AUGGCAUUGCCAAGGUUUAUCGUGCUCAGAUCCCCGGCUGCCAAAGCAUACCUUAGCUUCAAAAAAGAGAAUGAUCUUUACAGCGGGUACGCCGAGUUUUCAGAACCUUUGGUUGUUAGCUCGGAUGCAAAAUUCGAAGUGGAAUCGGCUAAAGGUGGACUUGUGCACAUAAGAAACUGUGCUACCAACAAUUACUUGGAGCGAACGGAAGACGAUUCCAUCUCCGGGAAGCCGGACGAGCAGUACUGGAUCACCGUAACCGCGGAGAAGAAGGAAGAAGACCAAUCCAAGGAGUCGUGCACGUUGUUCAAGCCCAUGGAGGAAGACGCCGUUAAUAAAACGUACCGAUUUGUUCAUGUUCAAUCUGGAUGCUACUUAUGCCUACGCUUGAACCCUUCAUCGGAUGUUAGUGCAGGCGUGUUGGCCAACAGCACUAAAGUUGACUCCGAUGGCAAUGAUAUCUUCAGAGUUAUUGAUUGGGACUGGUUGGUGAUCCUUCCUAAGUUCGUGGCAUUUAAAGGAAACAAUGAUAAGUACCUGCGCCUUAUUGAGAUCGAGGUUACCCCAAUGGAGAUUUUCUAUACUCCGAAUGGAAUCAUCCGCAUCAAGGCGAUUAAUUCGAAAAAAUAUUGGAGGCGUAGCCCGAACUGGAUUUCGGUCGAUUCCGAUGACACGGUUGGUAACGAUAAGGACACUCUGUUUCGUCCCUUCAAAGUUGAUAGCAAGACAAUUGCUCUUCUCAACUUGGGCAACAAUACGUUCUGCAAGCGCCUCAAAACCGAGGGAAAGACAAGCUAUCUUAAUGCAGGCAUCCCAUCUGCUACCAAAGAGACCUACCUCAAGGUGGAAGAGCCUGUGUUGUCGAGGAAGAUCGAAAAUAUCACGUACCUGACUGAAAAUUCUCGUAUUUACAACAAAAAAGUCGAAAUAGUGGCCAGGAGUACCGCUAUUAACCAUUCAAAAGAAUCCAACACGCAGGAGCAAAAGCCUCCUUCGAAUUCGGAAUUCCGAUCAUCGCGGACGGUGAACAUUGAAAUAACAGCUAGCGCUGAAUCGGUAUUCGAAUGGGGAGAGACGACCACCACCAGAACUGUCUUGGAAGUGACACACAAAGUUACUGUGCCUCCGAUGACGAAGGUGACGAUGUAUAUGGUGAUGACCAGAAGCAAGUGCGAUGUGCCCUUCACGUACACUCAAAAGGACGCUCUUUAUAAUGGGGAAGUUGUGACAACUGUGGUCAAAGGUAACACUUACAAAGGUUCUAAUUACUACAACACAGACUUCAAUGUCAAAGAAGAACCACUUACCUCUUGA